UACUAGCUAAUUAGAUGCAAAUUAAGAAAAAAAAUCUGUUCAACAAUUACAAUUUUCAUUGCGUCAGGUUUCAGUCAGUUCAGUGUGUGCAAGACAGGACGUAGACAGACACAAUGUUUUCCAAAGCUCUGAUCAUUGUGCUGGCAGCAGCUUAUGUCAAGUGCCAGUCUCCUGACUCAAUCCAACAAAAUGAUGUCAACGACAUCGCAGACAAAGUGCACCGACUUCGAGGGGACUUGGUCAGAGGCAUGUCCACAGUUGCUUUGAGCAAAGAGCUUUAUUCCAUAGCAACAGCCAUUGACAAAUGGUAUCCAUACUCUCAGGAAUAUAUGAAACAAUUCACUCAAGAUGUUGCUAAAAUUGGUCUCUUGUCUGACCAGGUGAUGAGAUUGGAACAUUUAGUAUUUAUCAUGGAUCUAUUGUGGGAACAGCUCAAUUCUUCCAUCAGUGCCAAUGAUCAUAGUAGGUCAGCCCCAAUAUUGCUCCCACCCCUCAAGGAUACACUCCUGGAGACCUUCAACUUUGUCAGAAUGAUCAUAAACGUAGACCGCGAGCUGAGUCUGUUCAUCUCGGACAAAGGCAAGAUUCUUCUCUACGUGUCCACUUGGGAUAAAAGCGACGGCAGAACUGCCCGCGCUGCCAAGGCAGGCCUCGCCCUCGGCCAAGGAGCAGCUUUUGGCAACGCAGCUGCCCUAGCCGCCAAUCUCGGCCUCGCCAAAGGAUUGGGCUUACUUCAAGCAGCUGGUCUAAACCAAGCUCUGGGUGCCGGCAACCUUGCCCUUGACGCGGCUGCACAGGAUGUUGCAUAAUCACGACUACCAUUACUGAGCAGAUCGAUUACUUUUUAAGACAUCAUAUAUUGUUAAGUGUUGAGUACAAGGUUGAAGAAAUAAAUUAAAUUUACUUUAUAACAACUA